AAUCAAGGGAAGAUUUGAACAAUGAAGGUAACUUACAAACUUACAAACUUACAAAAACUUCCCUUGUCCUAAAGUUCGCGCCGGCUCGCUUGAACGUUACAACUUCAUAGGAAAUUUCGGCGUCGCUAAGUUUAACCAUGCUACCGCUGCAUAAACUCAAUCUCAAUUUCCUAUGAGUUGAUUUAUACUUCGUAUUUUUCCACAAUGGAUGUAUUUAAUCCGCGAGAUAUCUCUUGGGCCUCUAUUCCAACUCACUUACUUCUUGCCGAACUCUCGAAAAGACAGCAUGGAUCUGGUAGUUCUACCUCCGAUGCCGAAAAGCCAGUCUGUGGAUCGGGCGAGAGAGGCGCGUACAAUACUGCGCUUCACGUCUUUGCCUUAUUCCUAAUACUUACGCUAAGCACACUUGCAUGCGGCUUUCCCCUCUUCUCUCGCCAAUCCUCCAAGAGCCGUCGAGCCCAUACGAUCGUAUUUCUUAGCCAACACUUCGGCACAGGCGUCCUACUUGCAACUGCCUUUGUCCACCUUCUUCCGACUGCUUUUAUGUCUUUGACCGACCCCUGUCUCCCUUAUGCUUUCAGUGAAGGAUACCAACCCAUGGCGGGGUUGGUAGCUAUGGUCUCGGUUUUGGUUGUUGUGGCUUUGGAAUCGUACCUGACGACUCGGGGCGCUGGUCACUCGCACUCGCACAACCAUGGGUGGAGCUCGGAUGACGAAGAAGCGGAAGAGGAGGGCAAGAAUGCCGCGACUAAUGGUGGGUUGUCGGCAAGAAGAGUCGGCAGCCAUAGGCCCGCGGGUAUUACGCUUGGUGACAUGAGCGCUAGUAGAAGUCUUAUGGAAGAUGUUUCCCCACUGCCGGAAUCCACGCCUAUCGUCGUAUCGCCGCCGGAUAAGAAGCCCUUUGACGGUAACGACAACGGAUACGACGGACACAACGACGACUCAGACGAUGACGAUAACGAUGAUCUUGAUCUUAAUCUCAAUGAGCUUGAACCUACUGCGGAAGAAGAUUCACAGCCUCUUGCCCGUCCUAAUGGAAGUGUUCGUACAAGACAUCAUUCCGAAUCUGCCGUAUCUCAAGGCCCGCCUACACCUGAAGAGCAGAAACGACUGAUGCUUCAGUGCAUGUUGCUAGAGGCUGGAAUUCUAUUCCACAGCAUCUUCAUUGGCAUGGCAGUAUCAGUCGCUACGGGGCCUCCUUUUGUGGUUUUCUUGAUCGCCAUCGCAUUCCACCAGACUUUUGAAGGACUUGCCCUAGGAUCCCGAAUUGCCGCAAUUCAAUUGCCGCGCGCAUCCUUACGUCCCUGGCUGAUGGUUUUGGCAUUUGGGCUUACUACUCCUUUCGGACAAGCCAUCGGACUCGCCGUGCAUAGGCUGUACGACCCGCGCAGUCAGACGGGUUUGCUCAUGGUCGGCUUUAUGAAUGCCAUCUCCAGCGGCCUUCUGCUGUUUGCGGGUCUAGUGCAGCUGCUUUCCGAAGACUUUCUUACGGAGAAGAGUUACGAGACUUUGAAUGGGAAGAAGAGAAGAAAUGCCGCCUUGGCCGUACUGGCGGGUGCUACGCUCAUGGCUCUUGUCGGUGCUUUCGCCUGAAUUUUAUGAACGAAUCUCUAAUUGUAAAAACAUGGCGUUUUCGGAUAAUGACGUUCUGAGACAAAGCGAGUGAUAUAGAUGGCUACUAGGUAGACGGGAUAUUGUCAUACAUAGAUAUUGAUAUGAGGUCAAGUCUAAUACUGGAGGCGUC